UGUAUGAAGUGUGUAAAUCUAUUUCACUAGGAGCACUAGACGACUUUGUUGCUCUCAGGUGCAGCUGUCUAUUUGCUGUAAUCUACUGGAUUUAUCUUCUCUAGCCAGAAAAGGUCAUCAAAAUGUCCAACAUGUCAAACUUGGACAACAAUUAUGAAAACUACAGCUAUAAUGAUUUUCACUUAUCCAUACCAUGUCCCAGUUCCCUGGAUGACAUAAAUAGCAUUGGGGUUGUGAUCAGCUACAUCGUUGUGUCCUUCUUUGGUCUAACUGGAAACACUUUGGUGAUGUUUGUCGUGUGCACCAUGAAGAGUCACAGAAGACCUACCGACAUCUACUUGAUGCACCUGGCAAUUGCUGACCUGCUGUUCUCGCUCACACUGCCCAUCUGGGCCAUCUACAUUAAAGAAUCAAACUGGGUUUUUGGGACUUUUAUGUGCAAGUUGAUCUCGGGUGUCCAGGAGAUGGCGGUGUACAGCGGCGUGUUCCUGCUGGCGUGCAUCAGCAUCGACCGCUACAUGGCCAUCGUCAAAGCCACUCAGUUUUUCUCAAAGCAACAGAAUUUAGUAAAGAUAGUGUGUGGUUUCGUAUGGCUGGGAGCCACUUUAUUAUCCAUUCCCAUCAUGGUUCAGCGAGAAGCAAUCGAAAUAAAUGGCUACAAUAUGCAGCAUUGUUACGAGAACAUCACGGAGAACACAGAGGACUGGCGCUUGGGACUGCGAGUCGUCAGACACGUCGUUGGCUUUUUCUUACCUCUCAUGGUCAUGACUGUCUGCUACAGCUGCACAAUUGGAACCCUCUCCAGAGCACGCAACAGCCAAAAGCACAAAGCAAUGAGAGUGAUCCUGUGUGUGGUGCUGGCUUUCGUCAUCUGCUGGCUGCCUAAUAAUGUGUCUGAGCUCAUAGACACGCUGAUGCGAGCUGGGCUCAUCAAAGACACCUGCGAGACUCGGGAUGCAUUGGAUUUGACCAUGUACAUCACUCAGGUUCUGGCCUUCAUGCACUGCGCCAUCAAUCCGAUCCUCUACGCCUUUGUGGGCAAGAAAUUCAGGAACCAUCUGCUUACUGUGCUGUUAAAAAAAAGACUGGUGUCCAGGGAUGUGCUCAGCCGCUACCGAACCGGCUCGGUCUACAGCUCGGGAAGCACCAAGCACACUUCUGUCACACUGUAAAGCCUCCAUGUCGCUUUAUGUUAUGUCUGUUUUUUUGGUUAAAAUAAAAUGAACCAUGAAAACGUAUCCACUUAUCUUACUUAGGACUUCCUGCAGAUCACAAACAGCACUAUUGAUAUUCUUAUAUGAAAAUAUCUGCAUUAUAAUGUCAUAUCAGGCCUUAUUUACGGACUACACCAAGGUAAUUAUAUAUCUAAACGUUCUUACCUCAACAAAUUCAACUACAAAAAUACUUUCUGUUAUAGAAAUAUUAAUUCAUACAUUCAUGUAAAGGUCUGCAGAAAGGGCCUUCUUUUUUCAUUUUGAAUGCCUUCUUUUCUAACAUAUCAUUGUAGCUUUGUAGAUCAUUGCAUUGUAUACCUAAGAUGCAUUUGGGCAGAUUGCGGAUAAAGUACACAGUUUAUAAAAAGGAAAAACAAAAGAGUUUAAAAGAGGAACCGAGAAAAGAUUUGCAAAAUAUAUAUUCCUGAAACAUAAGACUUUUUUAAACAAUGUAUAUAUUUUUUUUUUUCCACAAUGACAACAUAAUUGACCGGAAAUCUAUAUUAAAAUAAAAUUGGUCUUUUUC